GCAGAGAUGAAACAGCUGCAGUGGGUUUGAUAAAAUAAGCAUAGAAAUGAUGCGAGAAUGGCGUCAGAUCUGACGUGCUGAUGAUAACAGUGUGUUGUUGUUGUCUGUGGCUGCGGCUGAACUGACAGACAGACUGGCUGGCUGGCUGCCUGGCUGGCGAUGGCUCAUUGAGGUAGGUGUGUAUCUGAUGGUGCAAUAAGUGGUGACAUGGUCGAGUCGAUAUAUCCAAGGUAUAUACAUAGAAAGACAUUCGUUUAUACUAUAUUCCCCAUACUCAUCUACGACCAUGACUGCUCUCGCGCAUCAGCUCCAACCGUUUUCACGUAAACAGGACCAGAACAGCUGGGAUAGCAUCCAGUGUCCUGCACCUUCAUCGCUAUACCCUUCUCAGUAUGACUCCCAGCAUAACGACUCAAUCUCCUUCCAGUGCCCCUUCUCUACUUUGAGUUCUGUAGCCUCCAGGGAGCAUCACGCAGUGGUCCUCCCAACAUCUCAUCCCAUCGUCUCAAGAUCUAUAUCUCCCCUGUCACGUCCAUCCUAUCGUCAGCAAGAGGUCUCUUCAGGCUCUUCAGGCGUCAAAAAUGCUUCUUAUAUUUUGCCUGUCUUGCCAAACUUGAUCGAACCGAGGCGAGAAGAAGAACAUCUAGUCACACAAGGGAACUUUUCGCAUCUCUACUCGGACGACCUCGACCGACCAUCUAUGAUACUACAACAGACCCUCGAGGGAUUCAGAGCUAGUUCGUCGAGGUAUGCCACAGAGAGAUAUGAUAUUGCAUUCAACUGGACGGAUCUGGAAGGUCUGCCCCUGGACAUGCACAGAGAAUGGUACUGCGUUGUAUUCCGCUCCAAGCGGAAGGCAAGCUCCUCCAAUCUCUCGCUAUAUUCCGCGGAUAGAGCAGCGCAUUACGAAGCCAUCGAGGGAGGAGGAUUGAUCAUGUAUUGGUAUGGCGAACCAGAUGAUCAAGGUCAAAAUCUGGCGACUUGCGUGUGGCAGAGCCGACAGCAAGCGCUGGAAGGCACCAAAGGACCAAGACAUAUACAUGCCAUGCGACAGGCUGCAAAAGCUUAUGAGAGCUUUACUUUGGAGCGCUGGGUUUUGAGGAAAGAGAGAGGGAAACUCAGAUUAAGCCUGGUACCGUGGAUCGACGGCGAGGUGAAUCUAGGCAGCUCGGUCCAACGAGGUCGUUCACGAGAGACGAAGAAGUUGAGUUUAUGAGAAGCGGUAACGAUGGUGCUUUGAUUGAUAUGAGGUUC